ACCAGCUACAAACCAUACUCAUCUUACAAACCACUUCCAAGUAAAUUGGACUAUGACAGUGGUUGUUUGGUAGCAAGAUACCUGUCUUCAAAACGGCCGUUUGCACAAAGUUUUGAUAUUUAUCUUGGCCAGAUCUUAAAAGUGCUAGCUGAGAAUGCUGUAGCCAUUAGAACAAAAGCUAUGAAGUGUCUAACAUCAGUUGUUGAGGCGGAUCCAGGAGUGUUAGCUAGGCCUGAUAUGGAAAGAGGUGUCCAUGGCAGAUUUCUUGAUCCAUCCACGUCAGUAAGAGAGGCAGCUAUAGAACUUGUGGGAAAGUUCAUUCUCAUCCGUCCAGAACUCAUUCCACAGUACUAUAACAUGCUCUCAGAAAGAAUACUGGAUACAGGCAUAAGUGUGAGAAAACGUGUGAUCAAAAUCUUCAGAGACAUUUUCAACGAAAAGCCAGACUUUAAUAAGAUUCCAGAUAUGUGUGUUAAAAUGAUACGUAGAGUGAACGAUGAAGAUGGAAUUAAAAAAUUAGUGAACGAAGUGUUUCAAACUAUGUGGUUUACUCCAUUGAGUUCUAGAGAAAAAGACUCGUCAAAACUUAUUCAAAGAGUUGUUAAUAUCACUGAGGUUGUUGCGGCUAGCAAAGAUACGGGUUUUGAAUUCAUUGAACAAUUAUUGGACAAUUUGUUAAAGAAAGAUGAACAUGGAAACUACAACAAGUCAGCAUUAACGUCGUGUAGGCAAAUUGUAGACUGUUUAGUUGAAAAUGUGCUGCGGUUAGAAGAAACAAGUGUUGAUGGUAAAUGCAGCAAUCGUUUGUCUGCCUGUCUGUCAACAUUGUUUUUGUUUGGCAAAAUAAAACCAGAUCUUAUGUUAGAACAUGCACAAACUCUCCAGCCAUAUCUUAAUAUCAAAUGCAGUAAUCAGGGUGAUUUCUAUGUACUACAUUAUGUGGCAAGGAUAUUAGAGCUUGUGAUACCAUUGAUGGAUCAUCCAAGUGAAAACUUCCUUGCUCAGGUAGAGGAGGACAUGAUCAAAUUGAUAUUGAAUCAUGGAAUGAUGGUGCUAGAAAGUUGUGUUAGCUGUUUAGGUGCUGUUGUAAAUAAUGUCAGUCAUAAUUAUCCUCUUGUUAAAGAUUGCUUCCAGAAGUUCUUUGGUUAUCUAGUGAAGUUUCAGUCGUAUCAUCAAGAACACCCCACAGUCCCUCUCCAAGGCAACAGAAAGCCAACACUUCUCAGGUCAUUGUUCACAGUUGGUCUCAUGUGUAAACAUUUUAACUUUGAAACCACAGAGUUACAAGAUGAUGGGGAUACAUCAUUGAAAGAGAAAAUAUUUGAUGUGUUGAUAUACUACACAGAACACCCUGAUGAAGAUGUGCAAUCAAAAGCUCUAACUGGUCUAGGUUUUCUUGCUGUUAGACAUUAUGAAUAUAUGCUGGGAAGGACGCUUAAAACCAUGUACAGUGAACACUUAACCAAUCCAGAUUCUCCUAUCAAACUCAAGUGCCAAGUUUUGAAAAACCUUUCCUAUUAUCUUGUUGAAGAAGAAGUAAGAAUGGCAAAGUCAGAUGCUGAUUGGAAGAAACAUGCAAAGGAAGAGGAUCUUAAAGAAAUGGGGGAUGUGCAAUCAGGAAUGGCCAGUACCAUUAUGCAAGUGUACUUGAAAGAGGUGCUGGAAGUGUUUUUCUCAAGCAAGUCGCAGGUUCGACUUGAAGCAUUAAAUGUGAUACAGUUGGUUCUCAAACAGGGCCUCAUUCAUCCUGUACAGUGUGUACCAUAUCUCAUCAGCAUGGCAACAGACUCUGAAGCUCCAAUCAGAGUCAAGGCAGAACAACAGUUGCAGGAAAUAGAGAAGAAAUAUCCAGGUUUUAUCCAUAGUAAAGCCCUGCAAGGGAUUAAAAUGUGCUUCCGUCUACAGCGGCUUAUUCAAGGUUCUGAGGGCAACAAUUUUGUAGUGAGAGGUCUUCACAACCCUGAUGAUAACAGUUCAAGUCUUAAUGCAUUCCUUUAUAACAUUUUACGAACCAAUAGGUCACACCGAAGAGCCAUUCUCACCUCAUUACUUAAUCUUCUAGAUGAUUCUGCAAGAAUCAACCUACCAGAACAAAUGUACAUUGCAGAUAACCUUGCCUUCUUUUUAUACCAAACUCAGGACGAGCCACUGUUUAUAAUUCACCAGAUUGACAUUAUCGUGUCCGUGUCUGGAUCUAAUCUGUUACAGUCUUUCAGAGAGAAGCUGCAGUUCAAAGACAACAGAUCCAGAAAAAUGAAGAAAAGUAAAAAGGAAAAAAGCAACAAUGCUGUACGUACCACACGGUCACACAAGAUGCUGUCCAACCCACAUGCUACUGAGAACGGUGUACUUAAUGACAAACCAACCAUGUACUAUGAUGAAGAUGAUGAUGACAAAGACAUCUUACUUAGCCGCUUACCCAAAGACAUAACCCCUCUCAAAGAAAUCAUCUGGAUAGCUCAAGGUUGCAUCCUCUUGUUAUAUCUCAAGCAGCAUCUCAAAGAUAUGUAUGGAUUUACUGAUGGUAAAAUCCAGAAUUAUUCUCCCACUGAGGCAGCCAAAGUGUACGACAAACCAUUACAACGUAAAGCUCUGGUGAAGUUCAAUCCAGAACAAGUGAUCCAUGUUUUACGUAACAAAGAAAAGAACGAGGAGAAAUCGUACGAGGAACAGGCUGAUCAGCUUGUUGAUGAUUACCUAGCU